UUCACGUCAACCAAACUUCUUGCUUGACACACACAAAUACAAUGACAGGCUUUUGCAAAACAAGCCUUGCUUUAGCGGUCCUAUUUCUUGGAUCUCUAGUUUGUGAGGCUCGAGUAAUUCCUUCACAUUCAGAAUUUGUUAAAACUAGAGAAACCGAAUUCAUCCUUAAUGGUUCUCCAUUCCUUUUCAACGGAUUCAAUUCGUAUUGGAUGAUGCAUGUGGCAGCUCAGCCAAGCGAAAGGUAUAAGAUCUCCAAUGCCUUUCGUGAGGCUGCGGAUUCCGGCCUCAGAGUCUGUCGGACAUGGGCAUUUAGUGAUGGUGGUGACCAAGCUCUACAAAUAUCUCCUGGAGUUUAUAAUGAGGCCGUCUUUCAGGGACUUGAUUUUGUGGUAUCGGAAGCUAGGAAGUACGGAAUCAAGUUAAUUUUGAGUUUGAGCAACAACUACAAUGACUAUGGAGGAAGACCUCAGUAUGUGCAAUGGGCUAGAAAUGCUGGCGUGCACAUCAAUGGCGAUGAUGAUUUUUAUGCUAAUCCAGUGGUGAAGGGAUACUACAAGAACCAUGUCAAGAGAGUACUAACAAGGAUCAAUACCAUCUCAAAAAUAGCUUAUAAAGAUGACUCAACGAUCAUGGCUUGGGAACUAAUCAAUGAGCCCCGCUGCCAAGUUGAUUACUCUGGCAAAACCCUUAAUGCCUGGGUUCAAGAGAUGGCGAGCUAUGUGAAAUCCAUCGACAAUAAACACUUACUCGAAGUAGGCAUGGAAGGUUUCUAUGGGGACUCAAUCCCAAACAGAAAGCAGUACAAUCCUGGUUACCAAGUGGGCACAGAUUUCAUUACUAAUAAUCAGAUUAGAGAAAUUGAUUUCACUACCAUACAUGCAUAUCCAGACAUUUGGCUUUCUGGACAGCAUGAUAACGCACAAAUGGCAUUUAUGCAGAGGUGGCUGGCAAGCCACUUGACAGACUCGAAAAUGGUUUUGAAGAAGCCUCUGGUUUUCGCUGAAUUUGGGAAAUCGGAGAAAGACCCAGGAUAUAGCCAAAGCGCUAGGGACGCUUUCUUGAGUGGGGUUUAUAACAGCAUCUACGACUUUGCAAGAAAUGGAGGUAUCGGAGGCGGUUUGGUUUGGCAAAUUUUGGCUGAAGGGAUGGAUUCGUUUGAUGAUGGAUACGAGAUCGUUUUGUCCCAAAACCCAUUGACGGCCAGUGUCAUUGCUCAACAGUCGCGAAAAAUGACCGCGCUUGAGCAUACACUGAACAUUUGACGACAUUGACAAUGAUAAAUUUAAAGUCGGAUGAGGGAAAUUAGAUUAGAAUCCUCUAAUUGCGCUUAUAAACAAAGAGUGUUAGAUGAUUGUUCAAUGGAUGAUGCACUAAUUAUCAAAUAUAUAUGUAACGGAAUUCUUUUAAUAAAGA